GACAAAAUUCUUAUCAAAUUCUGUAAGUUAAAGAAGAGAUUUCAUUUGACGGUGUCUAAUAUUAAUUCUCAUACCUGAUUACAUGGAAGAAUCAUUUGUGCCUUUUCGCGGAAUCAAGAAUGAUCUUCAUGGACGUCUAUUGUGCUACAAGCAAGAUUGGACUAGUGGGAUUAAGGCUGGCUUCAGGAUCUUGGCACCCACUACAUACAUUUUCUUUGCCUCAGCAAUUCCAGUUAUUUCAUUUGGCGAGCAGCUGGAGAGAAAUACCGAUGGAAUUUUAACUGCUGUUCAAACAUUAGCAUCAACUGCAAUUUGUGGAAUUAUACAUUCCAUUAUUGGCGGUCAACCUUUGUUGAUCUUAGGAGUUGCUGAACCAACUGUAAUAAUGUAUACAUUCAUGUUCAACUUUGCUAAACAGAGACCUGAUUUGGGUCCUGGUCUCUUUCUAGCUUGGACUGGUUGGGUAUGUGUCUGGACCGCGAUUUUGCUUUUCUUGUUGGCAAUUUUAGGAGCUUGCUCCAUCAUUAACAGGUUUACUCGUUUGGCUGGAGAACUAUUUGGCAUGCUUAUUGCAAUGCUCUUCAUGCAGCAAGCUAUUAAAGGCCUGGUAGAUGAGUUUCGUGUUCCAAAAAGAGAUAAUCCUCAUUUAACCGAGUUCAUGCCUUCGUGGAGAUUUGCUAAUGGAAUGUUCGCGUUGGUUCUCUCAUUUGGCCUACUGCUAACUGCUUUGAAAAGCCGAAAAGCAAGAUCAUGGCGAUAUGGAACAGGUUGGCUUCGUAGUCUUAUUGCAGACUACGGUGUGCCACUUAUGGUUGUAGUUUGGACAGCUGUCUCCUAUAUACCAUCUGAAAGUGUUCCUGAAAGAAUUCCAAGACGCCUUGUCAGCCCAAACCCAUGGUCACCCGGUGCUUAUGAGAAUUGGACUGUUAUCAAGGACAUGCUAAAUGUACCAGUUCUCUACAUACUCGGUGCUUUUGUUCCUGCAACGAUGAUUGCUGUGCUUUACUAUUUUGAUCACAGUGUAGCAUCCCAAUUAGCUCAGCAGAAAGAGUUCAAUCUCAGAAAGCCAUCAUCUUUCCAUUAUGACUUGCUUCUUUUGGGGUUCUUGACACUAAUGUGCGGCCUUGUUGGUAUUCCUCCAUCAAAUGGUGUGAUCCCACAAUCCCCAAUGCAUACAAAAAGUCUGGCCACUCUUAAGCACCAAUUGCUUCGUAACAGAUUAGUCGACACAGCACGCAAAAGUAUGCAGAAAAAUUCAAGCUUGGGACAACUAUAUGGGAAUAUGCAGGAAGCGUAUCAACAGAUGCAAACUCCUCUGAUCUACCAGGAGCCAUCAGCUAGAGGUCUGAAGGAGUUAAAAGAAUCAACAAUUCAGUUAGCAUCAAGCAUGGGACACAUCAAUGCUCCUGUGGAUGAAACCAUUUUCGACGUUGAGAAGGAAAUUGAUGAUUUGUUGCCUGUUGAAGUGAAAGAACAGCGCGUUAGUAACUUGCUUCAAGCCACAAUGGUUGGGGGAUGUGUUGCUGCUAUGCCAGUUCUCAGAAUGAUUCCAACCUCAGUACUUUGGGGAUAUUUCGCGUACAUGGCCAUUGAAAGUCUACCAGGCAAUCAAUUCUGGGAGAGAAUAUUACUACUAUUCACUGCACCAAGCAGACGAUACAAAGUUCUAGAGGACUAUCAUGCUACUUUUGUAGAAACUGUUCCUUUCAAGAGCAUAGUAGCAUUCACAAUAUUCCAAACACUAUACUUGCUUGCUUGCUUUGGCAUUACAUGGGUUCCAAUCGCCGGGCUCCUUUUUCCUCUCUUGAUCAUGCUUUUGGUUCCUGUGAGACAAUACAUACUGCCUAGGUUUUUCAAAGGGGCACACCUUCAAGAUUUAGAUGCAGCAGACUAUGAAGAGUCACCCGCAGUUCCAUUCAAUCUUCCUAUGGAGGGUGAAUUUGGUUCAAGACCUUCCCACGCAGAAAGCGGGGAGAUUUUAGAUGAGAUGAUCACUAGAAGCAGGGGUGAGGUCAAGCGCAUUAACAGUCCUAAGAUCACAAGUUCAACAGCAACUCCAAUAAGAGAUACCAAGCUCCUUCAGAGCCCGCGCAUAUCAGAAAAAGCAUAUAGUCCACAGAUUAACAAACUGAGAGGCCAACAAAGUCCCCUUUCUGGUGGAAGGGGGACGUUCAGUCCAAGGACCGGAGAACCAAAGCCAUCCAAUUUGGGCACGAGUCCUCGGACAUCAACUCCUAACGACUAAGAGACGAUUAACAUCUUAAGACUAAACUAGUUUAAUAUGCCUUAAGUUUUGUAUUUUCAUUUGAUUAUCUCCUUUUUACUGCAUUAAUUGGGAAUGUAUUUGUAACAUUAGCCGUGUAUUGAUGUUUUAUAGUUAUAAUAGUUGAUAAGUAUUUUGUUCA